CACAUGCGAUAAUACGUCGCCUAGGUCGCCAUGUCUGUGCCGCCGCAAUUAAUUCGCGUAAAGCGAAAAGCCACAGAGGAGGCACCGGUCUCUUUCCUUCGUGUCCAAGAAAAUAAGAGACAUCGAAGUGAAGCCUUCGUGUAUCAGCGAAAAGAAGAACAAGCCGCCUUCCUCGACAUUCCUCCCAAUCCCCACAUUCAUAAUUAUUCACGAUCAUCACGAUCAUCACGAUCUCGCAACAAGCAAUCAACAACUUCGAGUCCUUCCGAGUCCCUAACUCUUCAAGUUCCUAGUGUACCAGGAACCAUAGCUAGUGACAAGACUAUCGACGAUGACAUCAAUACUGAAUCAGCAGCCGAUGCUGCCUCCGUUAGGUCUACCGGCUCUGCUGAUCUUGUAUCUGAACCACGAAGAUUUCACAUGUCGAAAAGAGAUAUGAUUAGAGCAUCAUCAUCUCUGUCCGGUAGAUCAGACGGAGGUAUCUCUAAAAAGCGCUCUGCGCCGACAUUAUUCGUAGAGCGUAAGAUUAAGCGAAUCUCGUCUAAGCCCGUCGAAAAGUUCCAGUCAUUCGUCAACGAAGUCGAUCAGGCAAUUACGCCUACGGCCACGGUGGAAAUAGACAUGGGAAAUACUGAGCCGCGAAAGCGCAAGAAGCCUGGAAUAUCGAAAUAUCUCAAGAAGGAGGAUAAGAGAGACGAGGGGAAGAAGCCUAGCGACAGGUACAAGGCCGAUCUCCCUAAGUCCUUAACGGAACGAUGGAAUGUAGAUAUGGAUAUGAUGACUACCGAGAUGAACGCCUUCACAAUGGAGCAAAUCGGACUGAAUCUUCAGAAAGCUGAGGAGGAGAACAAACUUCGAUCUUCUGCCAAGACUCAACUCAAGUUCAAGCCGAAGCCAGUCAUGCGAUAUGCUGAAAGACAUCCCGAAGAAGCACAAGAUGCAGUCUCGGCUGACAGAAAGAUGGUGGAUUCUGAUGUCGAUGUUAGUGACAGCGGCGACAGCGACUACAUUAUCGAGACCUAUGAGCGUGUUCCUGCUAGCAAGAUAGGAGAGCACGUGCCGGCACAUAAGAUUGGCAUUCUAGUAAUUGAAGCAGAUCCCGAACUAGACUACUUUUAUGGCGAUGACGGUGAUAGCGAAGAGGAAUGGGCCGAGGACGAGGAGGACGAGAAUGCCGAGAAUUACUACACCGCAGACUAUCCUGAUGAGGAGGUUGCUUCGGAUGAUGAAUUCAACAAGAAUCCCUACUCUUUCCGAACUGGCAAUGCUUCAGAUCUCGAGGAAUAUGAUCUAGCGGAUGAGUAUGACGACGAUGAUGCAACUUUCAGUGAGAAGGGUGAAGAGGGAAGAUUCGCCACAUACAUCGGCAGGCCUAAUCGUGAAUUCGCGACGAGGAAUUUGUAAGGGUGCCAUACUGAUCCCUGAGCACAAAGUAGCGCGCGAUAAUACCGCGCGGCAAUCCUGUGGGACGUGGGCAUCGCGAAAUUUGCGCUAGCAUCUACGAAUAGGUGAUUUUAGUGGGACGUAUGUUGGUU